GCCCGCUCCUGCAGUCCGCAGCCGGGGCUUCACUGGCUUCUGGCUGCAGCUCGUGAUUGUGACAUUUCUCGGUGGGGACUGGCAACAUGUGCGCCUGGAUGGUGUGAAGUGUGACACAGCGGCUUUGGGGUUGCAUUUCUCUCGGAUACGCCAAGUGGGCUGCCCGACGUUACGACGCACCUUGUGUAAUAGAGAACCAUGAGCACUGUGGAGGAGGAGCCGGAUCACAUGAUACCAUGAAGACGAGCCUGCAGGUCCUGCGCUGCCAGCUGCUGAGUGUUCUAGCAUUCCUAGCACUGCCAGUAGGACUGGUGUCAUCAGCACAGGAGCUGUACCUCAGCCAGAUGUCCCAGGACUCUGUCUCCAUGGCAGCCAUCCACAGCACCCCCCUGUCUCCACCCGAACCUCCCCACCUGGACUGGCAUCAGGAAGGCUCCAGCAGCGGGGAAUGGUCGUCCAAAGGAGGCAGUCAACCCACAAACAUCAUUCUCCCUACUGUCGCCCUCCACCCUUCAGCCUGGCUUCACACCACCCAAACCUCCAGCCUGACCCAUGAAGACCCUCCCACUCAUGACACAAAUACUGUCACCCCGAACACGGUGAGCAAUGACAGCUUGGUUAAUCAGCCCCAGCAGCCGAGCUCUGAUAUUGUACACCAAGGCCACAAGCACAUAUUGGUCAGGGUGCCUCAAGUCCAUAACCCAGUUACAGUCAGCACCAACCCGGCCAGGAGCAGCAGCCCGAAGUUUCUCAGCACAGCAGUGCCAAAUAUAGAUGUGGAAUCUACUGCCAGAGGUGCUCCAAACCCCCUGGCUCUUAUGUCCAGCUCUGGAUCAGACAGAGGAGAUUCACUCGCUGCACACAAUGUAGAGUCUCAGAAUUUGAGCGUGGAGGAACCCACUGACCCUGGCCAGCAUGUUCCAGAUCUGCAGCCCUCCUCUCUAUCCCUUUCAUCAAUAGAUGGUGUCCCUGCACUUGGCCUGAAACUCAGGGAGCAUGCUCGGGGUGUUCCCGAGGUGGCUGCACACCACGCCAUCACCCUGAGGGAGGUGCAUGCAGUGAACGAGCCCCCCACUGAGGGGCUGGUGAUGGACCCAAAGGCAGGGUCUGUUUCUCCAGUUGAGAGCCCACCAGAGAAUCUAACAUCCACUGCGUCCACCCCAGCCUUGUCCAAUGACCUGAGCCUCAAAAAGCAGAAUCCCACAUUCAUCCCAAACAACCACACUGUGCCCAGCGAGACUACCAGUGAGGAAGGUCACGGUCAGGUAGUUCAAGUUAAUGGCACAGACAAUCCCACUCUGGGACAAUGGUUUGGGAAUGUAACUACAUUGGGAGGGCUGCUCUCUAACAGCAGCUCAGUUGAGGAGGCGCCUGCUCAGGGGAACAGCUCGGAGGUCCCUUCCACAGCCAGUGGAAAUUUCCUGAACAGGCAGGUGCCUGCCACCACCCAGGACCCCUUGACACCCGGUAACAGCACGGGCCCCACCGUCGACUCCCCACUGUCCCGCAUGACCAUCUGCUUGAGCAGGAUGGACAUUGUGUGGAUCGUGCUGGCCAUCAGCGUGCCUGUGUCCUCAUGUUCUGUGCUGUUGACCGUGUGCUGUAUGAGGAGGAAGAAGAAGUCGUCAAGUCAGGAGAACAACCUCAGCUACUGGAACAACGCCAUCACCAUGGACUACUUCAGCAGGCACGCCGUGGAGCUGCCCAGAGAGAUACACACUCUGGAGAGUGAGGAGCAUGACACCUGUCUACCCCCUAAUGGAGACUACAGCGGUAGCAGUGUGGUCCUGGUUAACCCUUUCUGCCAGGAGACCCUCUUCAUCAACAGAGACAAAGCUUCCGCCAUCUAGAGACAGAAAACGAGAGACCCUGUUGGAUUCUUCUCUUCUACUCCCCCUGCUGUUGUUGUCUAUUUUAUAUAUGUGGUAAAUAUUCAGAGACUUUGACUUUAUACUGUAUAUUAUAAACACAAAGAGCAACCUGAAAGGAGAGUGAUAUAAACAGACACUAUUUACUAUGAGGAUGCACCUGCAUAUUUUUCUGAUGUACAUUUUCUACAAAAGGCUUAAUUGUGAUAAAAGGUUUUUAUUGUCUUUAUAAAAUACAGAGUAUAUGUGGAUUUGUUUCAUUACAGUGGCUUGAUGGUGGAUGUUGCCACGUGAAAUCUGCUUUAGAGAGAGAAACAUGCUAUGAAAACACUAAAGCUGUUCUCUGUAAUUUUAUUUUUCCUUUAAAAUCAAUCCCAAAAUACUUAUAGCCUGUUGAACUUGAAUGUAGAACCUACAAUAUGUACUUUGAGGGGGGUGGAGGGGGGCAGUGAUUUGUGGCAAAAUACUACAUAUGAAAUCAGGAUCUGUAUUUAUCAAACUUCUAAGAAAGUUAAGAAUGCUCCAAAGGACCAUCAAGAUUAAGAACUGAAUAAUAACAACUCUCACGUGACUAAUCAUAUGUAUCCUCAGGGCAGGAAUGGCCAAUCAGAGACAUGAAUUUAACCUGCAUCUGCCCUAGUUGUCAUUCUUGAGAAAAACAUCCUUAUAUUUUCCUCAGUGAUAUGUUAUUCGGCAUAUAUGAUUUUAAUGUGUUGUUCACAUUAAAAUGUGAACAACACUAAUCUUAUAUUUUUAUGCUUUACAAUAUUUUAAAAAUAUAUAUAUUUAUAUUUAUAUAUUUUAUUUAUAGAGCACCAGAAUAGAGCAGAACACGAAAUUUAACAUUAAAAGCAGUUUUAAAAAGGUUACAAAUACAGGACAUAUACAGUAUAAAUAAGGAUUAGAUAAUAACAAAUAGGAUCAAAUUUAACUAAAAGAUAACCAAACUGGAGGUCGAAAGAAAUUUGCUGCUCCUAGAGAAGGUACAUCAGAGACAACAUGGUAUAAUAAGAAGAAUUUCGUACCACACUGGCAAGUGUGGUACAAUAAAUAUGCAUGGAAAAGGGUUACAAACAAAAUCAGAGCCAGCUUUGUUGUUUGUACUCCUAGUAAAUGGAGAAAAAAUAAAUAAAAAGUGGUGUCACAUCCUAUCAAAUGCAAGUAGUAUUCUCAACCUACCUGAUUACGAAUUAUACAGCUAGCGUAUUACUCAUCAUGACCGGUGACAUUUUGUACAAUCACUUUAAAACAUGACCCAGAAGGUGUGUGUUCACCUCUGUCUCUUUGCUGAAGUCAUCUAGGCUGGAGGUCACCUUUCAGCCACAUUAAAAGGACCUUUGGAGCUCUCUUAAAGUCGAAAGCAUUUGAAGUCAUACAGAAAAAGUUGAUGAAUGGGUUUUAUUCUUAAAUUUGAGAGUAGGAGUAAAAGUGAAGGACUUUAACUUUUAAUCUCUCAGCAGUUUGAUAAAUACGAGCCCAGGUUUUAACGGUUAAUUUGAGCAGACUAUUUGGACGAUUUAAGGUCUACAUCUGGCAGUUCGGAGUGAUGGUGCAUCUGUCAGUCAAAUGGAACUGACCUACAAGGGUUUUCCCCCUCAUGUGUCACCAGCUUCUCUUAAGAGGGACCACGUGGAUGUCUUAACUCUUUACGUUGGCCCUAUAUAUAUGACUAUGUGUGUGUCUGAAUGCCUUGUUUGUGCAUGUAAGCAUACUGUGUGUGUGUGUGUGUGUGUGUGUGUGUGUGUGUGUGUGUGUGUGUGUGUGUGUGUGUGUGUGUGUGUGUGUGUGUGUGUGGAUGAUUGAGUUGAAAUGUGCUGCCCCCUUUAACCAAAUAUCAGUUACUUUAAGUCAAACAGGAAUUUGUAUCACUUUCAGCUCAGUUCUAUCUGUUUCUCUAUGUGUGUCUGUCUGUGUGUGUGUGCCUCUGUAUGUAUGUCUUUCUGUCCGUCUCUCUGUCUUCUCGUCUGUAUUGUGGAGUGGCUACUGGUUAUAGCCCAGUUUGAGAAAGAUUUUUUUCUCAGCGCUGUAGGAAACAAUUUAGACCAUCCCUUGCUACUUUAAGUGUCUCCCUCCAUAAAUAAUGUGUUUGUCAAUCAAUGCAAACUGUUGUUGAAAUGUUGAAUGAUUGUGAAUCAGUUGCUAGACCACAUAAUGUGUUAGAGGCUGUCAAAAAUCUUGACCAAUAAAAACACUGAGACAAAAAAAUUUAUGCUGAAUAUUUACUGUGAGCACAUACAGAGGCAUUUGAAUAUUUUUUUUUAAUUAUUGAACCUGUGGUCCUACUAUCAUCUGUCUUACUUUGCAUUGCUGCAGUUUUAUUCAAUAAUCAAUGCUGCCUGCCUCUAUUGUCGCUAAAGAUUUUCUGCAUUGUGCGAUGUUGUUUUGAAAUCACUGAUUCAAGCGGUGAUGGUGAAUAACACGGUUAAACAUAUUGAUAUUUCCUGCAUUGGAUGCUCACAGCUGGGCUUGUUGUUUUUGCACGCUCAAAAAGUGGAUAUUUUACAAAAUGUUCAGUGGCACGGUGGAGCAGUGUUCAACAUUAUGUAUUUUUUGUACCGUAGUAUACACUGUACUUUUUACUGCUGAGCAA